CGCGAGAUUUUGACGCUCCACACGCGGAAACUGUUUACCUUGGUAGCAGUUGCCCUCGAAUUAGCCGCUAAUCGAGAACAAAAUCAACCAGUGUUGUGUCACUUUUAGCUUUAACUCGACUGUUUUCUGUUUUUGUAGUCGGUCAAAAUGGGGAAAGCAGAUUUUCUGUCUCCCAAAGCGAUCAGCAACCGGAUCAAAUCCAAAGGUCUGCAGAAGUUGAGGUGGUAUUGUCAGAUGUGUCAGAAACAGUGUCGCGACGAGAAUGGCUUCAAGUGUCACUGCAUGUCCGAGUCGCACCAGAGGCAGCUGCUGCUGGCCUCAGAGGAUCCCAACAAGUUCAUGGACUACUUCUCAGAUGAGUUCAGAAGCGACUUCCUGGAGCUGCUCAGCAGACGGUUCGGGACCAAGCGAGUGCACAACAACAUCGUGUACAACGAGUACAUCAGCGACCGUGAGCACGUCCACAUGAACUCCACUCAGUGGGAGACGCUCACCGACUUCACCAAGUGGCUCGGCAGAGAAGGUUAUGCCAAAGUUGACGAGACCCCCAAAGGCUGGUACAUCCAGUACAUCGACCGUGACCCGGAGACCAUCCGCCGCCAGGAGGAGCAGGCCCGGAAGAAGAAGCAGGAGCUGGACGACGAGGAGCGGAGCGCCAGGUUCAUCGAGGAGCAGGUCCGGAGGGGCCGCGACGGCAAGGAGGCCGAGGAAACUCCGGUUUACACGGAGCUCAAACGUGAAAGUGAAGAAGAAAAAGUUGCCUUCAACCUGGGCGCCUGCUCCGCUGUGGCCGGUCCCUCCAAACCGAGUAGUUCUGCCCUCGGAGCGAGUGCUCUGAAAGCGGCGUCGUCCUCGGUGAAGAGGAAAGACACGUCCUCCGACUCCAGAGGGGAGAAGAAGAAGAAGUCUGCCCUGGAGGAGAUCAUCGAGAUGGAGGAGAAGAAGAAGAAGAAGCAGUCGGUCAGAACUGAUUACUGGCUGCAGCCCAACAUCGUCGUCAAAGUCGUCACCAAGAAACUGGGAGAGAAGUACCACAAGAAGAAGGCCGUCGUCACGGAAGUGCGAGACAAAUACGGCGCCGUGGUGAAAAUGAUCGACUCCGGAGACAAACUGAAACUGGACCAGAACCACUUGGAGACGGUGAUACCUGCGCCAGGUAAACAGGUUCUGAUCCUGAACGGUCCGUACAGAGACAUGGAGGCUGUGCUGGAGGGCAUCGACGAGAAACAAUUCAGCGCUACGCUCACAGUCGACUCUGGUCAGCACAAAGGGAAGCGAGUGGACGUCGCCUACGAGGAUUUCUCCAAACUGGCCUGAACAAGCAGCCCUCCACUUUAACACCUCAGGAAGCUUUUUUUUUUUUUGCCGAGGGACUCUACUGUGUCAGAGUUAAUUCCCCAAGACUCACCUGUACAUGUACAUAUCCCACAAUGCACCUGCUUGAGGACUCGGAGCGACGUGUUCGGUUUGUUUAGUUUCCUUUUAUUUUUGUCUCAAUAUUCAAGUCGAUCCCAACGUUGUACAUUUUGUCCAAAUAAAUUUGAUAAAAAGGAA